CACCACAAUUGCCAAAGCAAAUAACUCAAUAAAUUUCAUGGUCCUGCUGAUGAAGGCAAUGCAUUCUAAAACAAAAUAUUUCACUCACAAAAUGAGCAGCUGCAUCAUUCUUUACUUAGUACUACCAUUUUUCAUACUUUGCAGCUUUUCUCUAAGAUGCAACGCGCUUCAGAGUGACAUCAAUUGCUUGAAAUCGAUAAAAGAUUCAUUGGUAGACCCUUUAGGUUACUUGAAUUCUACAUGGAAUUUCGAUAAUCAGACAGAGGGUUUCAUAUGCAAAUUUACAGGAGUAGAUUGUUGGCAUCUUGAUGAGAACAGAGUUUUAGGCAUUAGUCUUCCAGACAUGGGACUAAAGGGUGAGUUUCCACGAGGCGUACAAAAUUGCUCUACUUUAACUUCUCUUGAUCUUUCAAAUAACAAGCUACAUGGAUCCAUCCCUUGGGAUAUAUCAAACGUAAUCCGUUUUGUUGUAAAUUUUGAUCUCUCGAGCAACCAACUCUCAGGCGAGAUCCCAGUCGAUAUUGCAAAUUGCUUUUUGCUUAAUAACCUCAGAUUAGACAACAACAAUCUAGAAGGUUCGAUCCCACCUGAAAUUGGCUCAUUACAUCGACUCAAGACAUUUAGUGUUGCCAACAACAUGUUGACAGGGCAAGUUCCAAAUUUUACGGAUGCUGAUGUUUCAGCUGCAUCUUAUGUAAAUAAUCCAGGACUUUGUGGAGGUCCUCUAGAAGCAUGUGUUAUAGAACGUGCAUCAAACAGUCGUAUUCUGUUUGUUUGUGGUUUUGUGACAGGUUGGUCGCUUUUCACUUUACUAGGUAUAUAUCUUUUUUUCUUCGGUUUACUUUGCGUAAAAGAGAUGCUUCUAUUUAUCAAGAAGAGAACAAAGGUAAUGGUGAUUGAUGGAAGUGAAUGGCGUGGAGGAGAAGAAGUAAAAAACGACCCGAAGUUGGAGAAGAUUGUUACAAGAAUGAGUUUUAUGGAAUUAUCAAAAGCGACUUCGAAUUUCAGCCAAGACAAUGAAAUCGGGAAUGGAAUGCUGGGGAAAGUGUACAAAGCACAGGUCCCAAAUGGAUGGACAGUUGCCAUAAAGAGGCUCCAAAGUUCCGAGAAUUUGGAGGAAGAGUUUGUUUCCGAGAUUACAACUCUGGGUAGACUGAGGCAUCCGAAUUUAGUCCCUCUAAUCGGCUUUUGUUCUGAGAGGGAUGAGCGACUUCUUGUUUACAAGUACAUGCCUAAUGGAAAUUUACAUGACUGGUUGCACUCAACCGACGACAAGGCAAGACUUUUGGAUUUUUCUCUAAGGGUUAAAAUUGUUGUUGGCAUCGCUAAAGCCUUGGCUUGGCUUCAUGAUGGUGGAAAAUUCCAUGUUGUACACGGUAACAUAAGCACACAAUGCAUCUUGCUCGAUGAAAAUUUCGAUCCCAAGUUAUCCAACUUUUGGGAGGCAACACUACCAAAAACAAAUGACAUCAAUUCGAACUUGCCAAUAGUGGAGUCUUUAGACUUUACAACAUACAAGAAAGAUGUCUAUCGAUUCGGGGAUGUGGUUCUCGAGCUUUUAACAAGGAAAGAAUCUUACCAACUGAGUUGUUUGACUCUUAAUUUUUCCAGCAGCUCUUUUGCCAAUCCUCUUGAUGUGGAUAAACUAUUGUUAGGUCAAGGAUAUGAUGCUAUGGUAAUGCAGCUGCUUGAACUUGCAAGUAACUGCAUGAAAUUCAUUCCUGAUCAAAGGCCAACAAUGCAACAAGUCUAUCAGACUGUUGCUAUGAUUGCUCAAGUGGAUGACCAAAUAGGGGACCCUGAAAUACAGUUGCAUGAGGACUAG